CGAGAGAGAGAGGAAGCGCGACGCCGCAGGUCUCCAGGAGAGUGUGCGGAGUGAUCCUUCUACACCGCACGCUGUGCGCGACGGGCUCUUGCGCUCGCCAAAGAAACUGGUCGGGCCAGGAGAGGAGAUUGAGCGUGCGAGAUGUUUGUGGCCUCCUCGCUCUACAACUAUGCGACGGGGACGAACGGCAAAGGGCCUGCGCCGGCGUCUGCCGAGAACAAGGUGAAGCGACACCCGGCACGCGGACCUCGACGGGCAAGCAGCAACAAUGCCGCCGCGGACGGCGCUGCUGCAUCGACGGCGCUGCCGACGUCGCCGCCGCCCUCGUACGCCUCUGUUGCUGCGUCAGCCGGCGGAAUCGAUGCCAUGCUCGAGGAGCGGAGCCCUGCGGAGCUCGCAAAGAUCAAGGUCAUCGAUAGCAUCGUGGCGCAAGAGGACCUCUACGAGAUCCUCGGCGUCAAGCGAUCGGCAAAGACGGACGAAAUUCGACGGGGCUUUCUAAACCGGAGUCGGGUCUGUCACCCCGACAAAUUGCCAUCGUAUGCGCCAUGCGUGACUGCCUUUCAGAAGGUCUCCUUUGCCUAUCAGACACUGUCGAAGCCGACGAGCAGGCGCAUGUACGACGUCUCGGGACGGCAGGACCUCGCAGCGGCUCUCAAUGAUCCCUCUGGUCCCGGUGGUGGUGCCGCUGCGGGCGCGGGCGUCAAUGGAGACGAGACGCUGAAUUCGGUUCUGUAUGCCGUCUUUUGCGAGUUUCUCGAUGGCGAUUUUGAGAUGAUUAGGGUUCUCGUCAACGCAAUGAACGAGGGCAAUCCUGGACUCAACCUGGGCGAUGACGCUGCAGACAGCAUCGAGGGCGCCUUUCGCCGGCUGCGCUCGAUGCUCCUCGCGGGCAGAAAGUACCUGGCCGUCAUUCGGUUUGAGCUGAUCAGGUUGUACGAGAUCCAGCAGAACCUGCGCCAGCUCUCCUACUUUGACGUCUUUGGCCGAUUGAGAUUGACGCUGCAGCUCGCACGAGUCACGCUCAGUAUCCCCAUGGCGAUCGACACGGCCAUGAAGGAGCCAGAGAACGAGGGCGAAGGCGAGGAGGGUCUCGGAGGAGGAAAAGAACCGGCUGCCAAGGCGGCAGAUGCAGAUGUAGAGGCGGAGGCGAGCGCGAGCAGUAACGAGGAUGACGAGGAACGAGGGAGCGAUUGGGGCGAGGAGGAAGAAGAAGAGGGAGGCGAGUUUGGGAUGCGGUCCGAAGACGAAGAAGAGGACGAGGACGAGCGAGGGAUCGUCUUUGACGAUGACGACGACGACGCCAGGGACGGAGUGCCGAGAUCCCAACCCAACGGUCACGGGGCACCUCCGCCACAGGGAAGAGCCGAGGAGGGCAGGAAGCAGCGCAAGAGGCGACGACGAAGGGAGGCGAGAAGAGAGGCAAGGAGGGCCGCCAGAGCUGCGCGGAAUAAACCCCGUCGCUCAGGCAUCGAGUACGCUGACGACGAGGACACGGGACCUGAGGCAGGUGCUUCGAAGGAGAUGCAGAAAAAAGGUCUCCUGGGACCCACGGCGGCAGGCUUGCUCAAGGGCGUCGUCAAGGUCCUCGAGACGAGCGAGGGCUGGGUCCCUGGUGGCGGCAGUGGCAGCUCCUCUUCUUGAUUUAAGCGAUCGUUCAGCUCUUCAUUAACUUCCAUCUAUCUAUGUGCAUUCACUUCAAUCUUUCUGAUACCCUUUGAUACAUUCAAUUUCAUCAUCUAUUCAUGUC